UUUCACAGAAGCCAAACAGUUCAAGCAGAGUCUAGAGAUGCGGUAGAAACCAGGGGGGAAAUGUGAAUUGUUUUCUUCUAAAUAAGGAGAUCAGUGGAUAAACUGUGCUUCUCCAGUCUUGACUUCAAAGGUCUCAAAAUUAAACAGGGCAAAAUGAAGAAGAGAGAGCUAAGUGUGUGUCAACAGACUUGGGCAUUAUUAUGCAAGAACCUUCUGAAAAAAUGGAGACUGAAAAGAGAGUCCUUUAUGGAAUGGUUGACCCCAUUGCUCCUCCUACUUUGCUUGUCUGUAUAUCCUACUAGUCAUGAAUUUAAUGAUUUUUCUUCACUGCCUGCCAUGGACCUGGGACGGGUAGACUCAUUUAAAGAUUCUACAUUUUCUAUUACAUACACACCUGUCACCAAUACAACCCAACAGAUAAUGAAUAAAGUAGCCUUAGCUUCCUUCAUGAAAGACGCAAAAGUUUUGGGGCUGUCCGAAGAAGAAAAUAUUAAAGAAUUAAUGUCAGAUAAUCCUGAUGAAGUUAUACAAGUCAUCUUUACUAAUACAUUCUCAUAUCAUUUGAAAUUCUUGCUGGGAUACAGAAUUCCAACAAAGAAGGAACACAGGGACCAUGAAGCUCAUUGUUCUAAAACAACUGAAAAUGUUAGCUGCCAAGUUUCACAAUACUGGAAGAGAGGUUUUGUGGCUCUUCAAGCUGCUAUCAAUGCAGCUAUCAUAGAAACUGCAACAAAUCAUUCAGUGAUGGAGGAACUGAUGUCCGUUACUGGAAAAAAUAUGAAGAUACAUCCCUUCGUCGGUCAGGGGGGCACUGAAGCUGAUUUCUUCAUUUUCUUCUGCAUUAUUUCCUUUUCCUCAUUCACUUAUUAUGCAUCUCUUAAUGUUACAAGAGAGAGGAAGAAGAUGAAGGGCUUGAUGAGGAUGAUGGGUCUUCGGGAUUCAGCAUUCUGGCUCUCCUGGGGUCUGCUCUAUGGUGUUUUCAUCUUCAUUAUGGCACUUUCCUUGGCACUCAUUAUAAAACAUGUCCAGUUUGUCAUUCUGACUGGCUUCACGGCGAUCUUCACCCUCUUCUUCCUCUAUGGAUUGUCUUUGAUAGCAUUGGCUUUUCUAAUGAGCGUCUUGAUAAAGAAAUCUUUUCUCACUGGUCUGGUCGUGUUCCUUCUCACGGUCUUUUGGGGAAGUUUGGGAUUUACAGCAUUGUACAGGCAACUUCCUACAUCCUUGGAGUGGAUUUUAAGCUUUCUUAGCCCCUUUGCCUUCACGCUUGGAAUGGCCCAGCUUUUGCGCUUGGACUACGAUUUGAAUUCUAAUGCAUUUCCUAAUCCAUCGGACUAUUCAAAUCUGAUAAUAGCAACAAAUUUCAUGUUGGCUUUUGAUCUUCUCUUCUAUAUGGCACUGACGAUUUAUUUCGAGAAAAUUUUGCCAAAUGAAUAUGGACAUGGGUAUCCCCCCUUCUUUUUCCUGAAGUCUUCCUUUUGGUCACAGCAACAAAAAGCUGAUCGUGUGGUUCUUGAAGAUGAAAUUCACUCUGAUCCUUCAUCUAAUGACUCCUUUGAACCAGUGUCUCCAGAAUUGCAUGGAAAAGAAGCUAUCAGAAUCAGAAAUGUUACAAAAGAAUAUAAAGGAAAGCCUGAUAAAAUAGAAGCUUUGAAAGAUUUGGUAUUUGACAUAUAUGAAGGCCAAAUCACUGCAAUACUUGGUCACAGUGGAGCUGGAAAAUCAACACUGUUAAAUAUUCUUAGUGGGCUAUCUGUUCCCACCAAAGGUUCAGUCACCAUUUAUAACAAUAAACUUUCAGAAAUGAGUGACCUAGAGAAUAUCAUCAAGCUUACUGGAAUUUGUCCACAGUCCAAUGUGCAGUUUGACUUCCUCACUGUGAAGGAAAAUCUCAGGCUCUUUGCUAAAAUAAAAGGCAUUCAGUCACAUGAAGUCGACAAAGAGAUACAAAGAGUCUUGCUGGAAUUGGAGAUGAAAAAUAUUCAAGAUGUCCUGGCUCAAAACUUAAGUGGUGGGCAGAAAAGAAAACUCAGCUUUGCAACUGCCAUUUUAGGAGAUCCUCAGGUUUUCCUAUUGGAUGAACCAACUGCUGGAUUGGAUCCCUUUUCAAGACACAAUGUUUGGAAUCUCCUGAAGGAGCGGAAAGCAGACCGUGUGAUCCUCUUCAGUACCCAGUUCAUGGAUGAGGCUGACAUCCUGGCUGAUAGGAAAGUGUUUCUCUCCAAAGGGAAGCUGAAGUGUGCAGGUUCUUCUCUGUUCCUCAAGAAGAAAUGGGGCAUUGGAUAUCACUUAAGUUUGCAGUUGAAUGAAAUGCAUGUUCAGGAAAAUAUAACAUCACUUAUUAAACAACACAUCCCUGAUGCCAAAUUAUCAGCAGAAAGUGAAGGAAAACUUGUCUACACAUUGCCCUUAGAAAGAACAAAUAGAUUUCCAGCACUUUACGACGAUCUGGAUAGAUGUCCUGACCUGGGAGUUGAGAAUUACGGCGUUUCCAUGACAACCUUGAAUGAAGUGUUCCUGAAACUGGAAGGGAAAUCAGCUAUUGAUGAAUCGGAUAUGGCCACGUUGGGAGAAGCACAGGCAGAAAGAACUGAAGACACAGAGAGGCUUGUUGAGAUGGAACAAGUUCUCAGUUCACUCAAUGAGACGACAAAGACCAUAGGGGGCCUGGUUCUCUGGAAACAGCAAAUCUGCAUGAUUGCACGUGUUCGCUUCUUGAACUUAAAGCAUGAAUGGAAAGCUCUCUUAUCUCUGCUCUUGAUUCUAGGAGUUGGAAUUUGCCCUCUUCUUUUGAGGACUAUCCGCAACAGAAUAUAUGAAAUGAGCUACACUUGGGACCUUUCUCCUCAUUUAUACUUCCUUGCUCCUGGACAACAACCACGCGAUCCUCUCACUCAAUUACUGAUCAUCAAUAAAACAGGGGCAAGCAUUGAUGACUUUAUACAUUCUGUGGAGCAUCAGAACAUAGCUUUGGAAGUGGAUGUAUCUGGAACCAAAACUGGCCUGGAUGACCCAUCAUAUAAUGGAGCCAUCAUUGUAUCUGGUAAUACAAAGAAUUACAGUUUUUCAUUAGCAUGUAAUACCAAAAGACUAAAUUGCUUCCCAGUUCUUAUGGAUAUCAUUAGUAAUGCACUACUUGGAAUGAUUAUACCAUCAGCACAUAUCCAAACUGACAGAAGUACCUUUAUAAUGGACAGAGAGAGUAGUAGUGCAUACGAGUUCCAACUAUAUACCAUAUUCUGGUUGAUUUUGAUAUCCUCAUGUUCUCCUUAUAUUGCCAUGAGCAGCAUUGAUGAUUAUAAGAGCAAAGUUCAGUCCCAGCUGUGGAUUUCGGGGCUCUUCCCUUCUGCGUACUGGUGUGGGCAGGCAUUGGUGGACGUUCCAAUGUACUCCUUGAUCUUCCUUCUUAUGUAUUUGAUGGACUACGGCUUAAACUUCGACAGCACUCUGUUCACACUUAUAAGUGAGAUUAUACAAAUCCUGUGUUCUUUUGGCUAUGCUGCCUCCCUUAUCUUCUUGACAUAUGUGAUUUCAUUCAUUUUUCGCAAGGGGAAAAGAAAUAGUGGCAUUUGGUCUUUUUGCUUCUUUAUGAUCUGCAGCAUCUCUGUGUUUAUAUUGUUGUUUGAGAGCUAUGAACAUGUCACCCUGUACUGCAUCACCUUUCUGGUACCACAAGCCACGUUAAUUGGCUGUAUGUUGUUAUAUUAUCAGGUGGCCAUAUUUUAUUUCUCGACUGAAGAAGAAUUACAAAGUAUAGAGGCAUUUCUGAUAGUCUUAAUUCCUUUCCUUCAUUUUAUCAUCUUCCUUUUUAUUCUUCGAUGUCUGGAAUGGAAGUUUGGAAAGAAAUCAAUGAAGAAGGAUCCCUUCUUUCGAAUUUCUCCAAGAAGCUCCGAUGUUUGUCAAAAUCCAGAAGCUCCAGAAGGGGAAGAUGAAGAUGUUCAAAUGGAAAGAAUGAGAACAGCAGAUGCCUUGAAUUCCACAAACUUUGAGGAGAAACCGGUCAUCAUUGCCAGCUGCCUCCGCAAAGAGUAUGCAGGGAAGAGGAAAUGCUGCCUUUCCAAAAGGAAGAAGAAAAUCGCCGCAAGAAAUGUCUCUUUCUGUGUUAGAAAAGGUGAGGUUUUAGGAUUAUUAGGGCACAAUGGCGCUGGUAAAAGCACAUCCAUUAAGAUGAUAACUGCAGACGCGAAACCAAGUGCUGGACAGGUGCUACUAAAAGGCAAUGGGGAGGGCUCCCCAGGCUUCCUGGGGUACUGUCCCCAGGAGAACGUGCUGUGGCCCAAUCUGACUGUGAAGGAGCACCUGGAGGUGUUUGCUGCCAUCAAAGGGCUGAGGAAAGUGGAUGCAGCAGUCACCAUCGCCAGGUUGGCGGAUGCGCUCAAGCUGCAGGACCAGCUGAAGCAGCCCGUGAAGGCUUUAUCCGAGGGAAUAAAGAGGAAGCUCUGCUUCGCGCUAAGCAUCCUGGGAAACCCGUCGGUGGUGCUUCUGGACGAGCCCUCCACCGGCAUGGACCCCGAGGGGCAGCAGCAAAUGUGGCAGGCGAUCCGGGCCACCGUUAAAGACACAGAGAGGGGUGCCCUCCUGACGACCCACUACAUGGCAGAGGCUGAGGCUGUGUGUGACCGCGUAGCCAUCAUGGUUUCCGGGAAGCUGAGAUGUAUUGGUUCCAUCCAACACCUAAAGAGUAAAUUUGGCAAGAAUUACCUGCUGGAGAUGAAGGUGAAGACCCUGGGACAGAGGGAGAGCCUCCAUCAGGAAAUUCUGAGGGUUUUUCCCCAGGCUGCGCGGCAGGAAAGGUACUCCUCUGUGAUGGUCUAUAAACUCCCAGUGGAAGACGUGCAACCUUUAGCACAAGCUUUCUUCACGUUAGAGAAGGUUAAACAGAGCUUCGACCUGGAGGAGUACAGCCUCUCCCAGUCCACCCUGGAGCAGGUUUUCCUGGAGCUUUCGAAGGAGCAGGAGCUGGACGACUUUGAUGAAGAACUUGACCCUUCAGUGAAGUGGAAGCUUCUCCCACAGGAAGACCCUUGAAACUCCAAAUAGCCUAUGUUUCCAUUCAAGCCUGUGGUUGUUUUUGAAGACCUCUAUUUUUACAGCAUUAAUGUCAUAUUUUCAGAGUUAUAUUAUAUUAUAAACGCUGA